CCAAGCAGAAGAUAAACAGCGCAUGUUUUGUGAGGAUGCGGGGAGAUGUAGUUGGGCAAGAGGGAAAUGUUUGGCACAGAUUGCACACACCGAAAGCAGUCGAAAACAGGCCGCUAUUAGAUUGACUUGGCAAGUCGACGUGAUCGCUACAAAGCAGCGAAGAAUGCACCAGUCGCAACUGGAUAUCAUUGAAUAAUUGAAGGUUUUCACAGUGAAUCCAAUAUGGACGACGUGGUGCAUCUCAGCGAGGAAGAGGAUGACGGCGACGUCUAUCCUCCCUGGAACUUCACGUGGGUGGUGAGGGACAGACUGGCGGCCAUGGCAUGUCCCCACCGCCCCGCUCACCUUCGCUUCCUCGCCGAACAGGGCAUCUGUCAUCUGGUCACACUUUCGCCUGAGAAGAAGCCGCCCUCUCACCUGUGUGACGAGCUCGACUACAGCACUGUGCCCGUUGAUGAGUUUGAUGCACCCACCAUAAAGCAGAUUGAAAAGUUCAUAGAAAUCUGCAGGAAAUGCACUAAACGGAGCCAGGCAAUCGGCGUGCACUGUAGGAUGGGCCGCGGCAGGACGGGUGUGAUGGCUGCCUGCUACCUGAUGCGCUUCAACGGCCACUGUCCCGAGCGAGCCAUCACCACUGUGCGCAUGGCCAGGCCAGGCUCCAUCGAGACCUACGACCAGGAGAAGAUCAUUCACACUUACUACGACUUCAUGAUGGGCGAGAUUCAGAGCUGACCUUCAAAAACACUCCAAUUUAUUAGAGAGUUUGAUAUUUAUUAGUUAUUUGGAACAACGCUGUAUUCAUAAAUUCAACGAAUACUUGAGUUCGAUUUCAUGAUUGGCGAGAGUCAGAGCUAAUCUUCAAAAAUAUUCCAAUUUGUUACUUUGUUUGAUAUUAGUGAUUAUUUGCAACAAAUAAGAUGUAUUCAUAAAUUCAACAAAACCUUGAGUUACCGUACUUUGUUUUACCUAAAAAAACGGAUUACCGUACUUUGUUAUUUCAUUUUACCGGUACCUAAAAAAAUUCUAUACUAAUUUUUAUUAUCAAUUUCAGAUACUUUAGUGAUGAAAAUUUCGCUCUAACGUAUCUGAAAUUGAUAAUAAGAAUUAGCAUAGAUUUCUUUUUAGGUAAAAUGAAACAAUCAGUACUCUUGUGCUGAAAUAUGCUGACGUCUCAAUGGAAAUUUCUUCCACAAGAGUAGGUACAAGGUACCAUACAUACAUAGGCUAUAAAAAUUAUAAGAUGCUUCAAUUUAUAAAAUGCUUCAAUCGUGAUUAUUGUUCCCAAGAUGAGUUCUAAUGUUACUCACAAUCAGAUUACAUUGUAUUAGGAAAAAGAAAAUUGAUUGUGAGGCUGAACUAUUUAAACACUCAAAUGUUCAUAGUUGCUAUAUUUUCUUGUUCAAUGCAUACAAACAUUUAAACAUAUAGCCUAUAUUAGAUUUAUACAAGAAUGAAAAAAUUAUGACUAUUUCUGACGAGAACUUUUAUGAAUGGAACUGUGGGUGAUAAAGUUGUACUUAAUAAUAUGAAGGAGAAUGUGGACAUUUCAAAAGUUAUCUAUGUUGUGUAAUAAAAUAUAAAUUAUUUCAAAAA